UGUGCAGUACAGGUUUCUGCCUGCGGGUGGCAGCAGCUCGCUGCGCGCUGUUUAUGUCGGUGAGCAGCAGCAGCAGAGGAAGAAGCAGCGGGAGGCCGUUGUGUUGCUCAUAGCUAAAGCUCUGAGUUCCGUUUGUAUUGGAAUAUCCGCAGAAAAAGCUGCAAUCUAUCCGCGGAGCUCUGCACUUCGGUCCUCCUCGUUCAGUGACCUCCGCAGCUCUCCCGCAGCGUGCCCGCGAGGAGCCGCAGGACCUCCGCGGAAGGAGAUGUACCGCGGUCGGCCUCCUCCGAGAGGGGGCUACCCGCCUCCCUUUGAAGGCCGGGGUCCGCCUCCGCCGAGGCCCUACCCGGCCCCGGGCUACAGGGACGACCGGAGCCGGCCCAGACCUCCGUAUCACUCUGGCUACCACGACCACGGACCCCCGGAUCCCUACCGCCGCUCCCCGCCGCGCAGGAGGUACCCUUCCCCGGGCUCAGACAGCAACCGCGGCGGGGAGUUAUGGACCGGAGGUCCGCCGAGAGAGAGGUCUUUGUCUCCACGUGGCCCGAUUCCCCUGGACCACAACCUCGUCAUCACCGUUGGCAACGAGCUGAAUGGACCUUCUGGCUCCGCCUCCUUAUGCCAUCUCGAAAGACGGGAGUACGAGCAAAGUCGGGGCCGGAGCAAACCUCGCAGCCGUAGUCCCAACCGGAGUCGGGCCAGGAGUCUUGGAAGGAGCAAGAGCCGUCCCCGUAGCCAGAGUCGCAGUCCGAAACGGAGCCGGGCCAAGAGCCGGGGCCGAAGCCGCAGUCCGGACCGGAGCAGGGCCAAGAGCAGGGCCAAGAGCCAGAGCCGCAGUCCAGACCGGAGCAGAGCCAAGAGUCGGGGCCGCAGCAAGAGUCGCCCCCGGAGCAGGUCUAAAUCUAGGUCCAGAUCCAGGUCUCGAUCCAGAGGAAGGAGUCGAGGACGAAGCUACAGCAAAGGGACGAGCUAUGCUCGCAGUAAGAGCCGUCAGAGGAGCCGCAGUCGCAGUGCAAGCAGCAGCUCAAGCAGCCGCAGCAGAAGUGGUGCCACAGAUUUGAAUAAAGGGUUUAAGGAGCUAGAAAUGGCUCGCCGCAGGAAGGAACUUGAGGAGCUGCUCACGUUACCAACAAAGUCCAUCCUGAAGAAACGCAGCUCCGAGGACUCGCCAUCCGUCAGGAGCACGGACUCUCCUCAAACUCAGGAUGGCUCCAUGUCCCGACUGGCCGAUCAGCUCCUGCAGGCCGUCAAAGGCGCUGACCCUCGCAUGGUGGCAUCCAUGCUUGCGGAGCUGCGGUCUGAUCCACAGAUGGCUCGCCGUGCUGGCCUCGACGCUGAGAUCAAAGAAAUCCUCAGCCUGCUGGGGAUGACAACGCCGGGGCCCAGGACUCAGGAGAAGGUGCUGGACGACAUUGACGACGAGGAGAGAUUCCUCUAUGGCGAUUUGGAGGAACCCAAACCACCGCCGGGGCCAGAGCCAGUCUUGACCCACAGUCUAGACUUGUAUGGAGACGUAACUGAGGAGGCGCUGUAUGGAGACUACCCACAGCAGAAACUGGUCUCUGCUCAGACACACGGAUGUACCCUUCAGCCCCCUCACUCCACGGACAGUUAUGUGAGCCGGCCCGCCAUCAGCUCCGACCACAACACCACAGCCCAGGUGUCGAACCCCGCUCACCCACCGGGGAACGAGCCCCUGGAGGAGAGCGAGCGCCAGGCACUAGAAGAGUACGAGAAGAUCCAGGAUCUGCUUAAAACCAUCGGUCUGGACCUUGGAGUGGCCGAAAUUACCAAGAUGGCCGCCAGGACCAAAGAGCGUCUCCACGGGAAGAAACCCCCUACAAAGACGCCCACGCGGCGCAGACGGUACUCCUCCGACAGCUCUGAUGGCAGCCGGCAGGGCCGUAGGUCACGAAGCCACAGUGGCAGCUCUAGCAGCACCAGCCGGAGCCGGAGCCACGGACGCGGUGCCACUGGCGCCGGCUGGAGCAGCGACGAGGAUGACCGCAGGAAGAGCUCAGCUUCGCUCAAAUCUCACCAAGACCGUGACAUUAAAGAGGAGAAAGGCGAGUGGAGCAACACGGCAGCGCCGCCCUGUCAGACUCCAGAGCCAAGCUGCCACCCCCCUCAUCCAGGUGUACCCAUCCCCACCUACCCCCCUUCGCAGGUCCCCGCCAUGAUGCACCCCAGCUACCCGCCACCUGUGUACAGUCAGUAUGGGAAUUACUUGCCCUUCGUACCCCAGCAGUGGCCCCCCACAUAUCCACCCCCAAACAUGAGGAUGCCUCCUCCUACACUUGCUGAGGAGUACCCUCCCACACUACCCUACAAACAGGAUUAUACCCCUGAGCCAGGGGUCAAAGGUUUGGUGAAGAGCUCCACCCAACACGCAGAGAAGGGGAGCGCCAAAGCUGCGAGAGUGUCUGAGGAGCAGAACAACGAGAGCCAGAAACAGAAGGUUCUAGAAGAGAGAGAGAAGCUGAAGCAGGAGCGAGAGAUCAGGAUGAAGAAGAAGGAGUAUCUGAUGAAGGAGCUGGAGAGACUCAGGAAGCAGCAAGGCGAGCUGCUGAGGAAGAAGCGCCGGGAGAAGGAUGGCCACAAGGACCCUCUGCUGCAGGAGAUCAGCCACCUGCAGGAGGAGGUCAUGGCCCAGAUCUCCAACCUCCGCAAGGAGCACGAGGCUGCCGAGAAGAAACGCAGCGAGAUCGAGAAAGUGGCACUCAUCCUUGGCUUGAACCCGUCGGACCGACCCCGCAGGACCAGCAAACCGCCUGAGGUCCAGAAGGCUGAGCAGCAGACUCCACCACAGAAGAAGAAACGUGAGGCGGAAAGGAGCCCAGAAGGCCAGCCGGCGGCCAGCGGCCCCAUGAUGAAGCAGACUUCCGUGACUCUGUCGCCUUCGAAGGCGUCCCUGCACACGCUGCCCGACGCCACUGCAGCUCCAGCCCCGCCCCCCGAGCCCUUUGAAUACUAUGACGCUGGAAACCACUGGUGCAAAAACUGUAACGCUACGUGUGGUUCCAUGUUUGAUUUUUUCACACACUUGCACAGCAAAACGCACCUAAAGACUCUGGACCCGUAUGACCGACCCUGGGCUUCCACUCCGAGCAAAAUCAAAAAGAACCAGCUGCCAGACGAGAAGCUGACUAAACCCGCUAAAGGUUCGGAGUUCCUGGUACCCGUCAGAGGAUUCUUCUGCCUGCUGUGCAGAGAGUUUUAUGGCGACGGCAUCUGUGCAGAAGAGCAUGUCACCACGCACGCUCACAACGAGAAGUAUAAGAAACAAAUGUAUGAGAACCCACUGUACGAGCAGAGGCGGAACCUGGACCGCCAGGCGGGACUGGCCUUAGAGGCAAGUGGAAAGAAACGCAAACAUGAUGACGAUGAGAAAGGCAGCAAAGAGGAAAAGUCCAAACACAAAAAAGAGAAAAAGGAAAAGGAGAAAAAGAAAGAAGAGAAUGCUUCAAAGGAGGACAAGUCCAAAAUUAAAAAGGAGGAAGACGAGGAUAAGCUGAAGCCAAGCAAAAAGGAAGAUUUUAAGAAUGCCAAGAGCCCUGAAAAGGAGUGGCCUUAUUACAGCAAGAAAAAUAAUGAUGAAAAGUACAACUACAGCAAGAAGGAUGACAAGUACCAUUACAGCCGAGAGGAAGACGAGAGGGACAGCCGGCACAGAUACAGCAGGGAUGAGGAAUAUCGGUACCAUUACCGCACCGAUGCUAAUGACCGUCCCAAAUAUGGUUCAAAAGAUGAUGGGGACAAAUUUAAAGGUGGCAAAUAUUCAGAUGCCAGAUCCAAAUAUGAGAAAGAGCGAGACGAAUGCAAACCUAAACCUGAGAGGGAAGGUUUUAAAACGUUUGAGCCAGAGAAGCCGGCAGUCAGCAACCCCGAACCACUACCAAAACCCUACGAACCGCCCAAAAUUCUUUGUGGCCCCAGUCCGGCCAUGAGGGCCAAGCUCCGCAAGCAGAGCCUGGAGGCCGGCAAACCAACUACAGCAGCAACAACCACAUUCGGAAAGUUCAUUUGGAAGAAGAAGGAGAACGUGCUUGCAAAGGAGGCAGAGAAAGUUGCUGCAGAAUUCAUCAAAGAGGAUGAAGCUGCUGCCAAGUCCCCUUCGGUGGAAGACUCUUUUGCAAAGUCAGUAGCUGUUGCCAAAGAGAUCGCAGAGAAGCUGGGAAACAAACCAAGCGUAUCUGCUCCCUGGAUGUCCAACCGGGGACGGAUCCGACCCAACCUCCCUACACCUGCUCUAGGUCUGAGGAAGCCAACCAUGAUGGGCAGACCUGCAUCUCUGAAUACCUUUCUGUCCAUUAAACCCCAAAACCCUACUUUAGUAGAGUCUCUUCCAACAGAGGGCGCAGUACUCCCGCCUCCUCCCGUGAGUUCCGGAAAUGGUCUGCUUCAGACUAAAAUGGUCCCAUACGUUGAUAAACUUGGGCCAUUUGAGGCAGUCCUUCCCUUGUUUCAGGUUAGACCUCCACCCGUGGUGCCUGUACCAGCUGAAGUUAAAUCUACUCUGCCAGUUUUUGAACCUGCCCGAGUCCAGCCAAAUCCUGCCCCUGCUGGUGUUACAACUCCUACACAUUCUAAAUUUAAUACUACUCCACCAGUUUUUGAACCUGCCCGAGUCCAGCCAAAUCCUGCCCCUGCAGGUCUCACAACUCCUACACCUUCUAAAUUUAAUACUACUCCACCAGUUUUUGAACCUGCCCGAGUCCAGCCAAAUCCUGCCCCUGCAGGUCUCACAACUCCUACACCUUCUAAAUUUAAUACUACUCCACCAGUUUUUGAACCUGCCCGAGUCCAGCCAAGUCCUGCCCCUGCAGGUCUCACAACUCCUACACCUUCUAAAUUUAAUACUACUCCACCAGUUUUUGAACCUGCUCGAGUCCAGCCAAAUCCUGCCCCUGCAGGUGUCACAACUCCUACACCUUCUAAAGUUAACCCUGCUCCACCAGUUUCUAAACCUGUCCCAGUCGACUUAAAGUCGGUCCCAGUACAGGCAAAACCUUUAACUUCUUUAGCUACCACAGCUACUCCAGCACAACCAGCCAUGAUAAAGAUUGUGUCUGACGUGGCAGCUCCUGGUGUCCCAGAGGGUGAGCAGACUCGUACGGUGUUUGUCAAACCUCCACCUUUCAUGAAUAAGUGUGAUGGAGCUCAGAAAUCGGACAAAUUUAGGAGCAACCUGGCUGCAGCCAGAGCCCAAGAUUUAUUUGGCAUCUUCUACAGCAGCAUCAGCCAAACGGGCCCCUCCUCCUUCAGCAAACCAGCAUCAGAUACUAGAGCUGAAGGCAGUAGUGGCAGUAAAAGUCCAUUUCCAGUUCCAAAAGCCCUAACACCCCAACCACAGUCCAAACCACACCCAGAAUUACAGCCCCAACCUGAGUCUCAGCCACAGUCCCAACCACAGCCCAAACUGCACCCUGAACCUGGGUCCCAGCCACAGUCCAAACCACAGCCCAAGGCACAAGGUCUUACUCAGUUCCCGCUUCCAAAUGAACUCCAAAGAUCUCCACAACGAAAUCCAAAUGAGCAGCCACAAAACCCACUGACCCCAACAAACUCAGGCAUUCAAAUUAUGUCUGUCUGGUCCCUGCAGUCUGCCAAAGACUCCGCAUCUGAGUUGGCUCUACCUAAUGAAAGAAACACGCAAAUGGCUCAACCAAGAGUGUCUCCCCCGCUUCAGUGUGAGGUUCAGAGUGCACCUGAAGACCAGUCUGUGACAGCCAAAUUGGAUCCCCAAAUCUUCCCAGAGAGUCAGUCUUCCAGACUGGAGUCCCAGCUCAAACCAUGUCCUGAAAGUCAAAUAGAGCCCCAACAGUCAGAAUUAAGCAAGGUCAACGAAUUCCAUCCAGAGACUCAUUCUGACACAGAACCUGAACCCAAACCAAAAACGGGUCCUAAAACCAGGGGUAAGAAAACCCCGCCUGCUCCUCGGCCAACCCGGCAAACCCGAUCCCAAACAAGAUACCAAACCCGACAGCAGCUGAACCAGAACCAGCCUGAACCAGAACCCGAGUCAGCUUCAGGUGACACUGAUGCUGCAACUACAAACCCAAAGAACUUGGACAUGGUAGAUCCUGGCUCUGUGUCGCAGCCAGAGGCUGAGGCGUCCAGUGAGGCGAACCCUCAGAUUAUGAAGAUAACUGCAGAAACACUGGGCUUGCCCUCUGACAUGACCUCACUGGACUUUGAAUAUGAUUUUAACUUUGAGUAGGAGGUGACUGGGCUUUGUGACAUGGGGGCGGGGUUUAUUCUAACCGCUCGGCUAUCCAGAAAGGCUGAAGCCACAAUGUGUCACAUAGUGGAGGGCAUGUGAAAGUGACGAGAUAGACACUCUUGCUGAGGGACUACACCUGUCUAAAGGACCAGAUUUAUUUAGAGUUUAAUUGAAUUCCUUUCUUCACUGUUUUCUCCAGAAUUUGUUUUUAGGUCUGAUUGAUCUCAUAGAAACGUGUCCAGGACAUUUGUCCUCACCCAGCAGUCUCCUAGUUUUGCAGCUUUUGCUUACACUUCAUAGGUUUCCAAUAGACUAAAAGAAGAAUUUAAAUACUCAAAUAAACCUGUAAACUGCUUGAUUUAUGCCAUUUCUGUUUAAAUAACACAAUAAACCUCCUCUCUUUGAUCAUAUUUGGCAGCUGGGACCGCUGGUGUGUUGCGUUUUGGAGUUGCAUUAAAUGAAUAAUGAUUCCACCUAACAGGACUAGUGAGCUCAUGUAGAUGGCUGCCAUCCGAUCUACUGAACGAGAAACCUUAUAAAAUCAGAGCGCUCACCCGGUCUGGUUGUGAUUUGUUAGUUUUUAGUUACCGUGUACCUGUUGCUACCUGGCUCUAAAUAAUAAAAACACAAUUGCAGACUUUCAGCCUGACCCAGUCUUUGAAAUACAUAAACCAGGCUCAGUCAAGCACAGUCUUUUAUUGUAAUGACACAACUUGUCCUUUGAGGCAGCAGAGUGUCUGUCUGAGGUGCUCUCUGUUGAAAGUGGAGAUGCAGCUGACAAUGAUGAAUAUUUGGAUGAGUCUGCUAAGACUCCUGUGAAUUUCCGUACUCUGAGGUGAACCUGGAACACUUUGUAAUCCUUGAACCCUUUCACAGUUCAUCUGGACCGACUGUUUGGUUUCACCUCAUUUCUGCUUCUUGUCACAGGAAAUGUUGGCCUAGAACCUUUCGGGAAAUAAAAGAUUCCUGAAGUCAAAAAAAGCCCAACAAAGUUCAGACAGUUCAUCCCAGGGACAUUUCUUAAAUUUUCAAGCCAUCAGUGUAUUUAUUUUAUUUUUUUUAUAGGUGACCUUUCUGUUGUUGAUCUCAGACUUGCUGGAUGUCUUCCCCUGUGUAACGGGUCUGAACUGAAUCAUCUGUCUCAGAAUAGAUAAAUCUGUGGCUGGGAAAUGCUAGAAAAGAACCUGUGACCUGGACCUCAAAUUUCCUGAACCUACAGAGAAUAUGGCAUCUCAGAACACGAGGUGAGGCUUAAUUUAGCAACCAGAUCGUUAAAAGUUUCUUAGUGUCUGGGAAAUAUGUCAAUGUGAAGGUGAAGAUCUGAGUCAUGGUCCUUUCACUGGUUCUCAAUGUUUGAUCCAGCUAACCCAGAUUAACUCACUGUAAUGUACUAAAUUUGUGGUUAACCUGUUUAAGAACUUGCAGAUGAGAGGCUGUAAUCCCAUUUAGGGUCUCAAACAAAUGGUUGUAAAGCAGAGCGUAAAUUACUAAAAGGAAAUGUUCCCUCAUCACCUGUUGAACGGCCUCUUACAGAUGAAACUGAUGGUUGGAAGACUGCUCCUUCAAAGAGCACAGUGUAGUUUUGGGUGGUUCACGGUUAAGGCCUCGUUUCAUCCUGUUUCGACCUCGGAAAGCUUGUUCUGAUGCUCCUGAAUGAAACAGUUACUGGAACUGCAUCGGAUGUUCUUCGUUCAUUGUGUCUGAAACUGCUCGUUCUGUAAUGUGUUAAAGUUUUAAUAAAAGGAGAAACUCCA